CACUCACCGACCAUGCUACGUGCGCUCUAGACUCUCGAGGAUUCCUUUGGCGUCGCCGUGUGCCUUGGUAUCUCAAGCUCACUUCAUGCCAUCUUUAGUUUCUAGCAUCAAAAUGGUUCUCGGUGGCCUCUACCAUAAGCUGCUAGCGGCAGGCGCGGUAGCCUUGUUUGUUGCGAACUGGCUGUGCAGACCGCUAUGGCGCGGGCAGGGCCAUGAAACGGGCGACCAGCGAGCUCCUGAACAGCAGGCGCUACUAGAAUCCGACCCCACGGGCGAUAGCAAGGAGCAGAAAUCACUGGAGGCUGAGCAGCCUGCGUCAGCUUCGUAUCAGGCCCCGGAACCAGAACGCAGCGACUCGGCUGUCGCUGCAGAAGACGUUGUCCUGGAGAGCUCCAAGCCGCCGUCUAAGCCUGGCGUAGGUUCAACGUCUUCUGCUGGCGCGAAAUCGGCGCCAGCAGCGGCUGCCGGUGACAGCCCGGGCCCAUCCACAUCGGCGCCUGUUGCAGGCGGCACCCCCGCUGAGCCUGUGAACGAGGACUACCUCCGCUCGCUGUUGGAUCAGGAGUUCGGGCCCCCCAAGUUCGCGGUCCGUAAAGAGGAUAAGCCAGAGCCUCCCGCGGCAGCGGCAGCGGAGCCCAAGGCUCCCAAGGCUGCUGCUGCAGCCCCGGCGGCCAAGGCUGCGCCGGCUAGCAAGGCAGCUUCAGCCGCGCCCAAGGCAGCAACCCCCGCGGCCCCCGCACCCCCCGCAGCGCGCGCGGCGGCCGCUGCGCCUGCAGACACCGACGAAGCAGCUGGCGCCGGCACCCCUGGCACCGCCGGCACCCCUGCAGACGCCCAGCCGCAAGCCGACCUCAUGUCCGUAGAGGAGCUGUUGGACCAGCAGUUCGGCCCGCCCAAGUUCGCAGUCCCGAAGCCGGCCUCGCCCGGACACGCGCCCAGCAGGGCCGCCGCCGCCGCCGGCACCGGCGCUGCUGCCGCUGCUGGCGCGGCAGCCGCCAGCGCCGGCCCUGCCAACAGCGGCGGCGGCGCCGCCGCCGCCGCUCCUGCUGCUCCUGCUGUCGGCGCCCACCACCCCCAUCCCCACCCCAUGCCGGACGCAGAGGCGGCGGCGGCGCUGGUGGCCGCGGCGGCGCGCAGCGCGGGCGGCGGAGCCGCCGCUGCGGCCGCCGCGCCAACCGCUGCUUCCGCCUCAAACGCCGGCGCUGGCUCUGGCGCUGGCUCUGGCGCCGGCGCCGCUGCGGUUGGCUCCAAGCGGCCUCACGAGGCCGUCGAGGCGGCGGCAGCGGAGGCGGGCGCGGGAGCAGAGGAGGAGGAGGAGGAGGAGGAGGAGGCGAGCAGCGGCGGGCUGCUGACGCUUACGUUCACGAUCAGCGGCGGCCCGGUGGCGGGCAAGGUGUGUGUGGCGGACGACCCAGCAAUGGAGUAUAAGGUGGGCCGCACGCCCGAGUGCCAGCCCUUCCAGCUGUUGGACGCCGAAGUCAGCGGCCGACACGCCUCGCUGCGGUGGGACGGAGCCGCGCGCGCCUGGAAGCUGCACGACACGGGCUCUCUGAACGGCACCAAGGUCAACGGCGCAGUCAUCAGCCGCGACUACAAGGUCCCCGGCGAUGAGGUGGCGUUGGCCGAUGGCGACGAGCUCGAGUUCGGCAGCUUCACGCGCGGCCGUGUGCGACUGACGCCCUCGCGACCCGGGGGAGGCGGAGGAGGAGGAGGAGGAGGUGCGGGUGGUGCAGGCGGGCGGCAGGCGGCGCAGCCGGCCAAGCGGCGGCACAGCGAAGACGCCGCCACGGGCUUUCCCCCGGGCGCUGGGGCCCUCACCCUCUCCGACCUAGCCGCUGCUGCUGCCGCUGCUGCUGCUGGCGCCCACGGCUCCGCCGCCUCCGCCUCCGCCGCUGGCACGCUGGCACUGGGCGGCUCCCUGGCGGGCGGGGGGCUGGGGGGCGCGCUGCCCGCCCCGGUGGCGCUGGUGGAGGUGCCGGAGCUGGGGGCGCGGCUGUGUGUGCACAACAAGCUGGGUGUGGACCACAAGCGGCUGGGUCAGGGCUGUGAGGACGUGCCCGCCUGGGAGCUGCCCUUCGCGCCCUACCCCGCGGCGGGGCUGCUGUGCGUGUUCGACGGCCACCACGGCAGCAAGGCCGCCCACCAGGCCAAGGAGCACGUGCCCGCCGUGCUGCGGCACAAGCUGCUGCUUCGCGACGGCCGUACACCGCCGCCGCUGGCGCCGCCGCCGCCGCAGCCGCAGCCGCGCCGCCCCGACGAAGAGGAGGAGGAGGAGCUGGAUGAGGGUUACAACGACGAAGACGAUGAGGAAGCGGAGGAGGGGGAGGGUUUUGGGGAGGAGAACGGGCAGAAGCAGACGCAGAAGCAGCAAGCGACCAGCGGUAGGAAGGGCGGCAAGGCGACGCAGCAGGCGGCCUCGAAAGCAAAGGCGCAGGAUGCGGCGGCGGCGGCGGCGGCGGCGCCGGUGCGGGUGGAGGUGGAGGCGGCGCUGCCGGCGGGGUUGGUGCCGCCGCCGCCGGUGGGGCCGCCGCUGCCGCCGCUGCUGGCGGGACGGGAGGCGGCGUCGCAGAAGGCGCUGCUGCGGGACGCCUUCCUGACCUGCGACCGCUACAUGUCCAUGGAGGAGGGAUGCACAGCCACAGUGGUGCUGCUCGAGGCGCUGGGCGGCACCAGCGGGGGAGCGGCGGCGGGAGCGGCGGCGGGAGCGGCGGCGGCGGCGGGAGCAGGAGCGGCGGCGGCUGGGGGGCCAGGAGCAGGAGGAGCAGGAGUGCCCGGCGCUGGGGGCUGGUCGCUGCAGUCGGCCAACGUGGGCGACUCCAGCGCUGUGCUGAUCAACUUCACUCGCGGCACGCACGCCAAGCUGAGCGAGGACCACCGCAUCGCCUCCUCCGUGUCGGAGCGGCAGCGGCUGGCGGCGGCGGGGCACACCGUGCGCACGCGGCUCUACGGCCUCAACAUCAGCCGAAUGCUGGGAGACAGGUUCCUGAAGGAGGAGGACCUGGGCUUUCUGGCGGAGCCGCAUGUGUCGUCACUGGCGCAGGUGGGCCCGGGCGAGGCCGCCGUCCUCAUCGUGGCCAGUGACGGGCUGUGGGACGUGCUGCCGGAGGCACACGCGGCCAGGCUGCUGCUGCAGGAGGCCGCCAAGCCCGCGCCCCACCCCGCCUCCGCCCCCACCUCCACCACCUCCGCUGCUACCCCCCACCCGCCUGCUCCGCCUCCCCCCGCCGGCGCGCUUAGCUGCCAGGCUGUGGCGGACCUGCUACUGGCGCAGGCGCUGGUGCUGCGCAGUAAGGACGACGUCACCAUUGCGGUGCUGGAGCUGGGGCCGCACCUGCUGCAGGGGCGACAGGGCUGAGGAGGUCCGCGGUGGGAGCGGCGGCCUUGGCCUCUGUGGGGUCGGGGCCAAGGCGGCGGUGGCGGCGCCGGCAGUGAGGGCCGCGAUGGGGCGGCAGCCACGGCGGGCUUGCUGGCGGCGGCGUCAGUGUGUCGCUGGGGUCAAUGACAUGGAGUCAGGAGUUGCAUGCAAGCGCGAGACACACGCGCAGUCGCGGUGGCGAGGACAGCAGCAGCAGCAGCGGGACGGCAGCAGCGGCACGGGCUCUUCUUGUACGAGCCGCACACGGAGUGGUGCACGGGGCUGUUUUGGGGGUGAGGCGCAACGGUUCGAUACGGAGUAGGUGAAUGUAGAGAAUUGUGUGUGUGUGGUGUGUGUGUGUAUGUGUGUGUGUGUUCGUGUGGUAGUGAUCAGCUGACCUGUGACUGUGUGGGGAGUGGGGUGAUGGGGCGUGCGGCCGCGGCUGUGGGUCACCAAGCGGCCCCCGCGCGAGCUGCCCCUUUGGGGUCUUGCUGUCAGAUAGACGAGUGUGGGAGACAAUGAGGCAGCGGCAGAGUGUGUGCGUGUGCGUGAGGGCGUAGGGCCAUGGCGAAAUGUGGGCCGCGACAGAGAGUGGUGGUUGGCGCGCUCUUGAGCGCGCGGUGCGGUGGUGGUGGUUGGAGGCGGUUGGAGAUUGACGCGUGGUCAGGGAACGGCAACGGUACCGGCGCCGUCGGGCACCGCGGCUUGGUGGCUGUUGUUCAUGGUGGUGGGACAGCGGUUGUCGGUUGUCGGCUCCUGCGGGGUGGGGUUGUGGCACGGGCGUUCGUGUACGUGCCGUCUCGUUGUGGGGUGGGGACGGAGCGCACGCCGCAGGGCAUCAACGAGUGUCAUCCGCAGCGGAACAGGGGCGGGCAGUGAGUCAGCAACGAACUGAGUCCCGCCACCGUUGACAAAUGGUUAUGAAGGGUUGCGAAGGGGGUGGGGUUUAGAAAGCUCAGGAUCUUACCCCACGCCCAAAAGUGUAGAACUUUAGGAGAGCACUAUGCAUAUGCAGUUUUGUCAAGGGUGGCCUGGUGAGGAAGUUCUGGGCCGCCAACCAUGGGGGGCCGGUCGUCGCUGCGUGCGCCGGCGGGAUUCGCGAACCGGGA